AGGGCUAAGUUCCUUUGAAUUGUUGAAUUCCGUUUCGCCCCCAAAUCAAAAUCUGCUCGCCAUGACCGGAAAAGCCAAGCCCAAGAAGCACACCGCCAAGGAACUUGCCGCCAAACUCGACGCCGCCACCACCAACCGCGGCGGCGGCAAGGCCGGCCUCGCCGAUCGCACCGGCAAAGAGAAAGGCGGCCACGCCAAGCUCGAGUGCCCCCUCUGCAAGGUCACUGCCCCCGACAUCAAGUCUAUGCAGAUCCACCACGAUGCUCGCCAUCCCAAGAUCCCCUUCGACGAUUCCAAGCUCAAUAAUCUCCACUCCACCGUCGUUGCCGAGACCUCCUCCAAGCCUAAGCCUGGCGUCCGCGGCAGCUUGAAGAAGUGAACUUUUCUAUUUCCCUUUCCCCCUGAUUCUACUCUCUUUUUGCAAUCCAACAGGAGAGCGAGAGAGAGAAAGGAGAAGGAGCUGCUGCAGCUGCCUAUUGUCCGUGGUUAUCCAAUAAUUGUCUAUUGCUCUAUUAUCAUGCUUGUUUCUGACUUGUGUAUUCAUACUUGCAGCUGCCUUAGCUGGAUUUAUAAAUCCAUCCUUCUUCUUGUGUGUUUUUUCUGCUAA